UCCAUUUCUUCAACCCCUCCUUUAUAACCCCAACUGUGCACAUCGUCUACUCUUUAAUUUCUUUUUUUACUCUAUCUCUUAUCUCUCUUAUCCUACAUUGACCGAGAUGGAUCUUGUUGUAUUCACAGAGACUAAUCCGACCAAAAUCACACACGUGAACAAGAAAUCCUCCGACGAAUUGCUCCGUAAGUUCGCCGAUCCUGACGACGACGUCGAAGAGUCAAAGUCAACGAAACGCCGCAAGAAAUCUCAAGAUAAGAGUAGUACUCGAGAGAACGACGCUGACAAUAUAGAAAGCAACGUUAUUGGCUUGGUGGAGAGGAAACGGCUUUUGCUUGCUGCUCCGGCGAGUAAACGGCGAUCUCUGUUUCUCCGCCAGCUUGCUUCUGGUAAAUCACAUCUCAGGAACAAAUCUCUUGUCAGAACUAUCGGCAAGACAUGGCGUAAAACAAUGGAAGGAGCUUCAAGAGUUUUCAUCCAGAAGCAUUAUAACAGACACAGGCGUCUCAACGACGUCGUUUAGACUUAUUCAACCUUUUCUUUUUUUUGUUUUCCUUUAAUUACAAUUUUUUUUUUCCUUUAAUUAGAAAUUGGUCUCACUAUUUUUUUUACAUUCUUUUGUAUUAUUCUCACGUUUAGUAUUUAUUACAUCUUUCUGUCUUCUUUUUUACUUAUAAGGCAAAUCACUUUCAUUGUUAUUUUUUUAUUUUUUUUAUUUUGUAAAGAUUCUAGCUAUCUCAAUUUUAAGUUUGUAUUUUAUAAUGUCAGAACCAG